AUGAAACAUACUGGAUCUAAGCUCAAGUGUACAAAGUGUGAUGCGUCAUUUACAACCAUACGACCAUUAGACAAUCACAUUUGGCGGAAACAUCCCGAGUUUACUACUUCUGUAUCUCGUAAAUUACAUAAAUGUACACAUUGUGAAUAUAAAACUACAUAUAAGGGGUAUUUAGUUAGCCAUAUGAUGAAACAUACUGGAGCUAAGCUCAAGUGUACAAAAUGUGAUAAGUCAUUUACAAUCAUACAAUCAUUAGAUCAUCAUAUUUUGCGGAAACAUCCUGAUUUACUACUUCUGUAUCUCAUACAUAAAUGUACACAUUGUGACUAUAAAACUAUAUAUAAGGAGUAUUUAGUUAGCCAUAUGAUGAAACAUACUGGAUCUAAGCUCAAGUGUACAAAGUGUGAUGCGUCAUUUACAACCAUACGACCAUUAGACAAUCACAUUUGGCGGAAACAUCCCGAGUUUACUACUUCUGUAUCUCGUAAAUUACAUAAAUGUACACAUUGUGAAUAUAAAACUACAUAUAAGGGGUAUUUAGUUAGCCAUAUGAUGAAACAUACUGGAGCUAAGCACAAGUGUACAAAGUGUAAUGCCUCAUUUACAACUACACUAGCAUUAGACGAGCACAUUUUGCGGAAACAUCCUGAAUUUACUACUUCUGUAUCUCGUAAAUUACAUAAAUGUACACAUUGUGAAUAUAAAACUACAAAUAAGGGGUAUUUAGUUAGCCAUAUGAUGAAACAUACUGGAGCUAAGCUCAAGUGUACAAAUAUCAUCAUUUUGCGGAAACAUCCUGAAUUUACUACUUCUGUAUCUCGUAAGAUACAUAAAUGUACACAUUGUGAAUAUAAAACUACAUAUAAGGGGUAUUUAGUUAGCCAUAUGAUGAAACAUACUGGAGCUAAGCACAAGUGUACAAAGUGUAAUGCGUCAUUUACAACUACACUAGCAUUAGACGAGCACAUUUUGCGGAAACAUCCUGAAUUUACUACUUCUGUAUCUCGUAAAUUACAUAAAUGUACACAUUGUGAAUAUAAAACUACAAAUAAGGGGUAUUUAGUUAGCCAUAUGAUGAAACAUACUGGAGCUAAGCUCAAGUGUACAAAGUGUAAUGCGUCAUUUACAACUACACUAGCAUUAGACGAUCACAUUUUGCGGAAACAUCCUGAAUUUACUACUUCUGUAUCUCGUAAGAUACAUAGAUGUACCCAUUGUGAAUAA